UCCUUUGUAACGUAGUAAUUGUUUAAUUUUUAGGGCGUAAGGAUGUCGCUGUACCCUUCUUUGGAGGACAUGAAGGUGGACACGAUGGUGCGGGCCCAGAUGGCCCAGCAUCAGGGGCCACCACCCUACACUCACAACCACCUGCCAGUGGCAGAUGCCCCAUCCGCCCCUGCCCCAACUGGCCACUUCUACCCCUCCUUGGGAGAAUACAUGGGCCUUGAGUUCUCUGAAAGUGUCAUAGCCGCGAAUAUGCCAGAAUAUUCAGUGCAAACCGUUCAAUCUGGAGGGGCAGUAAGCAACCUCAUAGCUCCCCUAUCUUCUCAGUCAGUGUCCCUACAGAAAGCUACUGUAACCAAUGCCAUUAGGCAAGUGGUUCUCUGCAAAGAUGCGGAUGGCAAGUGUGGGGUCCGUCUGCAUUCCGUCAACAGUGGUGUGUUCGUGUGCUAUGUUGCUGCUGGAAGCCCUGCAGCUCUGGCGGGGCUCAGAUUUGGAGACCAAGUGCUGGAAAUUAAUGAUGUAGCACUUGCUGGCUUGACUAUGGAGAAGUGCCAUGAGUUGUUGCGAAAGGCGCCAGUCAAUGGAAUCACUAUGGCAGUGAGGGACAGGCCUUUUGAGAGGACUAUUACCCUGCACAAAGACUCCAUUGGACAUGUGGGCUUCCACUUCAAAGACGGAAAGGUUGUCGGUCUAGUAAAAGAUUCAUCUGCAGCCCGUAACGGAAUGUUGACAGACCAUCAGCUAAUGGAAGUGAACACAAUCAAUGUUGUUGGAAUGAAAGAUAAAGAGAUAUCAAAAGUCAUUGAUAACAGCCCUUCUGUCGUAAACAUCACAAUUAUUCCACACUAUAUUUACAAGCACAUGAUAAGCAAGAUGUCUUCGUCACUGUUCAAGGAGCUUGACCGUACACCAGCUGUCUAAGUAAAGUUAUUUUUUUUACACAAAUUAUCUUAUAUUUAAGGCUCAACUGCAUUUCUUUAGUCACGAAUUUAUUAAGAGGUAACACAUUUAUCGCAAUUGGCACAGUUCUUUUUAUAAAGUCAGAACUAAUCUCUUUUAUUGGUUAUGCUUAGUUUAAUUUUAAACCUAUUGCAUAUAUUUUAAUGUGUUUUUCUAAAUUAAAAAGUAACACUUUGCCAGUUAUCGAUUAAGAUGACUUCUAUUUGCAUCUACACUCAAAGUGGUACUUUCUGCCUAAGAAGAACGCAUCUAUUUAUGCUAUUUUAGUCUUUAGGGGCUGUGAAUUGAGAUCGUUUCAAGGCAAGUUGCUAGUGGCAGGAAGGCCUAACAACCUGCCAUUGUUAAAAGUCCGUAUCUAACGAAAUUACCGCUGUCCGGGUUUACGGUGCUAAUUAAACUGUCCUAGUUCUGCUUAUUCAGUAGGUAAAGAACUUGUGAGUCACCAUAACUGACCAGUUUGCGAUCCGUUGUGAAAGAUACGGCAUGAGUCAUUAGGCAUGAAUGUAAUGACAGAAACUAUGUUGUUUAGUGAAAGGCUACUUAGUUUUCAAGUGAUAUUUAAAAGAAGGAGGUAAAGGUAGAAAGCCAAAGAAUUCAAUAAAUAUUUUUUUUUUUAAGUUUGGACGGACGUAAGAACAAUGCCGGUAUCUUAACAUUUAUAAAGACUAAAGUCCAUAAAAUAAGUAAAUUUAUGUUGUUACGGCAAACUAAAUCUCGAAGGACUUCUGGUAAAGCUGAGAUUACUUUUUUAACGCAUUCACUGCCACUGACGCAUAUAAGCGUCACCGUGACUUUCACCCUGUGCCUUUGACGCACAGACGCGUUCAUAAUAUAUAGUGACAUCAAAGUGCGCCAGCUGGUGAAUGUCCAGGAAAAGAGGGUGGCAGUGAAUUCGUUAACCGUGUAGCCAUUUUGCGACACAGUUUUUGUUGUUAGAUCAGAUUCAUAUGAUUUAGCAUUAAAAACAACCAUGUCAAACCUUUCUGUCUGGUAAAACUUAUGAAUAUGAUUGUUAGGUAAAUGUAGGUAUAUGAAAUUUAUGUUUGCACGCUGAAUAGGGAUAGGUACCUACUCCUCAAUACCCAAGUCAGUAAUGCACAUAAUUAUACACUUCUAAUUUAAAGACUGGGAUUCUUCUUCUUCUUCUUGGUCCUGGCUUUUGUCCCAUUUUACUUGGGGUCAGCCCUCCUAGUAGUUCUGCGCCACAUCACACGGUUGUGGGUUGUCUCCGGUACUGCAUUGCUAGCUUUUAGGUAUUUAAAGACUGGGAUUAUUUUAAUUAUUUUACUUUAAUUUAACAUUAUCAUUUUCAACUCGAUCCGUAGUGUGCUAGUAUAAUUGCGGUUUUCUGCCAAAUAUGACGGCUUGGUAUUUAAUCAAGCGGUUUAUUCAACUAUUCAUAGACUGUUACUUUCCAUAUUUGUAGUUAUACGAUAUUUUCUAACUUUUACCUACACACUAUAUGUAUGUGUUAUAUUAGCGAAAUUAGAGUUGAUGUUACAUUUAAUACUUUGUUUAUUUUAUUAGAGUUACAGUAAUAUUAACAGUUUUGAAUGAUUCACGGCUAGUUUCACUAGACUUACUUGUAUCGAACGGGAUAUGAACCGUGAUUACCUUUUGUAUUGUUUUCGAGCUUCCGAUAUUCUUUUCGUUUAUAUAACUGCGUCGAAAUAUCGGGAUAUCGAAAACAAUACAUAAGGUAAUCACUAAUCACAGUUCAUAUCCCGACCGAUAUAAGUACAGUAAUAAUAUUUUGAAAGUGCCAUUACUAUUGUCAAAUAUUAUCGAUUAUAAUUAAGUAAACAUUUUGAUAAUUAAGUAUUAAUCAUGUUUGAUUGUGUGUGUUAAUGAAAAUAAUUGAUCGAUUAAUACCUACUUAUAAUAAAUUUUGAUUUUCAAUACGUAGAAGAAGUGGUCUUAUUUAUAUGUAGAAUAAAAUAUUCUUUACGUUAUUUGUAGAUAUAAUAUUAUAUUUCAAAAUAAGAUAGAUGGUAAUACGACUGAAUUUUGGGUUUCGUAAUUUUAAUAGUCACAUAACAGAACCAAAGAGUCAUUGAUUGCAAUAGAGAAGUAACGUUUAAGAAAUAAAAACGUAGCUCUUAGUUGAACAGACGCUGUACCGUCGCCAUUAGAUUUAUCAGAGCGGCCAGGGCGCUCACAAACAUCUGAACACGCCCCAAUUGUCACAGCUUUAAAUAGCAUGUUCAGAUAUAUUUGAUGGGGAUUGUACUGAGCAAUUGCUAUUGUCACCACUGAUAAUUUCUUUAGUCAAAGUCAACUUUUGACAGCCAGAAUUACAGCAUAAUCUACGGGACCGUGCAGCGACAUCUACAACAGCUGUCAACUUAGAAGCACGAAUUUUUUUUGGACUUUACACAAUCAAUGAAUCUUUGACGAAUCACAAUUACGAAUACAAAUGAACAAAUGUACAGUCAGCAGCAGAAGUUGCAAACUUAAGUUAGCAACUUCUGCUACUGACUGUAUUGUAUUUGUAGCCCCCCGCUUAGAAAUAAAUUUGCAGACGUGUCGUUUUAAUACAUUUGUGCCAUAUUGUGCAACAAAUCAUGUUGUUCUUGUUCACACAAAAUGUACUUGUUGACAUGCUGUUGACUGUUGAAAUGACAUGUGUUAAAAUAUGUCAACUUCUAAGCGGCGAGAAAUAAUUAAAGAUACACUUUAUUUUCAGGUUUCUUAUACCUAUAUCUAUAUUUAUUACCGAAAAACAAAAUCGUCCGUGUUUUCUUACAGAUCUUCUAUGUAUUAAGUUUUCAAUGAGAUCAUUAUUAUCUAUCUUAUUAAUUACAUUAGGAAGUAAGUAAACAUAAUUACGUAAGUUUGUUAGUUUAUCCCCUGUAAUAAUAUAUAUGUAUACUUAUAUUCUUUUAUACAAAAUAAAAUAUAUUUAAAAAAUCUUAA